UGGUUCUUGGAUCAAGCGUCCUAAGUCGCAACUAUUCAAAAGAAAUCGUACUUUCUUAACUAUGUAGAGUUAUCCCAGCCUUGUUCGACCCACCCAAGAACCAUUUUUAACUUUAAUACGAGUAUCGUCUAAUUUUUAUAUCCAAAAAGAAGAAAAGCGACUACCUUUAAUUGCUUGAUACUGAUAUACCUGUCCUACCGAUCGAUCCGUGCAUCGCAAAUCCAUCGUCAACAUUGAGUGUUCAAUUUGUUGCAGAGUAUUUGUUUAUCCAAUCUCGUUUCUUACUCUAUUCAACUGUGUUUGAAGAUAGAAUGAUGGGAUGGAGGCGAUUCAGCAUGAGGAGCUGAGGGCGGCGGCGGGAGAUGGCAAGAGGAGAAUGGGCUUUUGGUGGGAAUAGAGGGAGAUGGUGUUCUUACAAGCGAACCACAAUCAUCGUCUGCUCGAUCAAUGUCGCUGUUGCACUCUAUGUCCUUCACUCUCUCUUCAAUUCUCUCUACUUCUAUUCCUACAAUGAUUCCCAAACUGCUUUUAGGUAUACCCCAGAUCAGAUUAGGAAAAUGGAAGAAUCUACUCGAAUAAGAAAGGAAUCAGAACCUAAAGAGCUUAUUAAACUGGUAAGCCAGUUAAAGAAGGGAUUUUUAACGGAAGAAAAGGCUGUGGAAAUACCCCAAUCCCUGAAACUUAAGAUAACAGAUGAGAUACUGGCAAUUUUAAGAAGCUUGAAUGGCAACACAAAUGCCUCUGUGCAGAGAGAGGCGGUUGAAAGCUGGCGCAUGGCCAAGCUAAAAGAAGUCAAUCAAGUCAUUCUUGGGAGAGCAUCAACAGCAAAUAUUGCAUCAAAAGAAGCCAGUGUGCUAGCAUGGGCUUUAGAUGCCGGUUGGCUUGAUUUAUUAGAGGAAAUUGGUCUCUGGAUCCCUGUUGAGGUCAUUCAUAUGGAGCAUAAUGACAAGCCCGAAGGGGAGGAAUUCGAAACUGAAAUUAUUGCUGGCAAGCGACUUCCUCCCGAAUGCCAUCAUGAGCUUCAUACAGACUAUGGUGGAGUUGCUGUCAGAUGGGGUCUUACGCACCAUAAAGAAUCUGCUUAUGACUGUUGUAUGGCUUGUUUGGAUCAGUCCAGACGUGCUAAACCGGGUGAUAAGAAAUGCAAUAUAUGGGUUUACUGCCCAUCAGAAACGGGAUGCUACUCCCCUGAUAUUUAUGAACACAAACACCAGGAGUGCUGGUUGAAAUAUUCAGAGAAACCAAGUUUGACCUUCAAGGACCGUUAUUCCGAGUCUUACAGAAACGCUCAUCCAAAAGCCCCAUUAAUAGUUCCAUGGAUGGCGGGAGUGGUAAGCGUGUGAUUUGAGGAAGAUGCUAUGGAAGGGAUGCAUCUCCAUUGGCGAAGCUGCACAUAUUAUUAUCAUCACAAUAUGAAGAUUUUGUAAAAUGCCCCACACGAUGAAGACAACUAACUUAAGAGGAUUUUGCAUCUGCAGCUGACAUGGUCCAUCACUUUUUUUGCUUUAGAUUUGGGGAUAGAUUAUUAAUUGAUGCAGGUUAGAAGUCUUCUUUCUCUUCCUAUAUUCUUGUUCCCGCAUACUCUAUCUGGGGAUUGCUCUGGUUCUGAACAAAUGUAUUUGCGGGAAAAAAGGAAAAAGAUGAACAGAUGUCUGGACAUGUUAUUUAUUUUGAGUUAACUCAUGUACUCUGUAAUUGUGCCUAUUGGUUAAACAACAUAGGAAAUUCACUUAUCUUUAAUAAAAUUAUUCUACAAGGUGAAAGUAUUUUUCUUA